CUCUCAGCUGUCCACAUAUAUUCUCUGUUAGACUGCGUAGUGCGUACCCUCUUUUUGCUCUGUCUUCGCAGACAUAUAUACACACAUAAAAAUACAUAUACAUAAACUAGUAAUCAUGUGUGGAAUAGUAGGUGUACUGCUUGGUCACCACGAUAAUCACGCCAACUGCGAAUUGUACGAAGGACUCAAUCUGCUACAGCAUCGUGGACAGGAUGCGGCGGGCAUCGUGACCAGUGAGCAUGGUCAUCUUUUCCAACGGAAAGAGAAAGGUCUCGUACGCGAUGUGUUCACAAAGGACGCUCUGAGGGGUUUGCGUGGACAUAUGGGUCUUGCGCACGUUCGUUAUCCCACUGCCGGAAGCUCCUCAAAUGCAGAGACACAGCCCUUCUACGUCAAUUCACCAUAUGGCAUUACGCUCGCACACAACGGGAAUCUGACAAACUCUGAAGAGCUCAAGAAAUUUUUAGAUGUGGAAGCGCACAGGCAUAUUAAUACCACUUCGGAUUCAGAGGUGUUGCUAAAUGUACUUGCGUAUGAAUUGCAAUUAGUGGAUAAACAUCGGCUGGAUCACCUGGAUAUCUUCAGCGCGGUGACGAAUGUGAUGGAUAGAUGUAGAGGUGGUUAUGCUGUUAUUGCGAUGGUCCCGGGAUACGGGCUUAUUGCAUUUCGGGAUCCUCAUGGCGUGCGACCGCUUGUCAUUGGGAAAAGAGAGAACAAGGACGGAACACUUGAUUAUAUUUCGGCAUCAGAAAGUGUAGUUUUGGAUUGUCUGGGGUAUGAGCUAGUCGGGGACGUACUUCCCGGUGAAUGUGUGAUUCUACGAACAAAACGACAUCCUUCGAAGGAAAAGCAGAAGACUAUAUCUCAUGCCGACACAAUUGUGCGGGCUAUGUGUCUGAGCGAGGGUAGCUCAACGUCGUUCACACCGUGUAUCUUUGAAUAUGUAUACUUCGCUCGUCCUGAUUCACUCAUCGACGGCGUUUCUGUCUAUAAAGCACGACUGGCGAUGGGCGAGGCACUGGGCAGAAAGAUACAGCAGAUGCCCAAACUACUAGCAGAUAUCGAUGUGAUCAUUCCAGUACCGGAUACCUCCCGUGUUGCCGCGCUCCAGAUGUCAGUGCUAUUAAACAAAACAUAUCGAGAAGGAUUCAUUAAGAAUCGAUAUGUGGGUCGAACUUUCAUUAUGCCGGGCCAAGCGGAAAGGGUUGCCUCUGUCCGCAGGAAAUUAAACGCCAUGCCUCUAGAAUUCAAGGACAAGAAUGUCAUGCUGGUAGAUGAUUCCAUUGUAAGAGGUACCACUUGUAAGGAGAUCAUCAACAUGGCCAGGGAAGCAGGUGCAGCAAAAGUUUACGUUGCAUCGUGUGCGCCGGAAAUCAGGUAUCCCAAUGUAUACGGUAUCGAUAUGCCUACACGUCAGGAAUUGGUCGCCUACAACCGCACGCUGAACGACAUAUCGCGUUAUCUUGGCGCAGAUGAAGUUGUUUUUCAGAAUCUUGAGGACCUUGUAAAUUCAGUGCUUCAAUGUUCGAGUGAUACCAGCCCGGUGUUCUCUGGUUUUGACACAUCGGUAUUCAACGGCAAGUACAUUACCGGCGAUAUUGAUGAGGCGUACAUUGAAGGUCUUGAAAACUUCAGGAAUGAGAGCUCAAAAUUUGCCAGGACGCCAUCUGAGCCCGAAAUCGAUGGCCUGUACAAUUCACUUCGGUGAACGUCAGAGCCAUGGCUCUCGUGACGCAGGUAUCCAGUUUUAGACACAGCUUACGGCUGGUACUACGGCACAGGGAGAUUCGAUGAUGAUCGAAUUGUGAAAGAAUCGUCGAGGCACGGCUCCAUACGUACUUGUGGUGUCAAGUCAACGUCUAUGCAUAUUUAAUUUAUAACUUCUGAAGCGAAGUUCUCCGACCGCCGUGCUCUCGAGUAGUGGAAUUUGGCUGCAACCAAAUCAAAUUAUUCUAAAAGCUGAAAUAUGCGAGAUAAAUGGUUUAGUGCACUGCUGUAUACGUGCUGUCGUUCUUUCAUAUUGAAAUAUAGGCGCGGUUGGUCCCAUAAAUCUCUCGCACCCUUGACUCUUUGUGCAGAUACCAUGUAAAUGUGGCUAUUAUCUUGCAAGGCGAAGAGCUGCAAAAGAGCUUAUCAGACUUGAAAAGUAUAUCCGUCUGUGCAACCCAUUCCUAACUUGUACACGCCUACGCUGCUUCGCUACAUGCUCCACCACUGCGUGUAAAUUCUGCGACUUGUAGACUGCGGCAGUUGUAAAAAGUGCCAUCACUGUGCAAAUAAUAGUUCCGGUAGAUCCGAAGGGAUUGUUUCAGACUUCAGAGUCAGGAAUUAUACAUAGAAGGAUGAUAUAAGCACUGGAGAAUAAAUAUUGCCC